CCAUCCCGCCGCCCCGCCAGCCAUGAGCUCCACGCAGUUCAACAAGGGGCCCUCGUACGGGCUGUCGGCCGAGGUCAAGAACCGGCUCCUGUCCAAGUACGACCCCCAGAAGGAGGCGGAGCUCCGCAGCUGGAUCGAGGGACUCACAGGCCUCGCCAUCGGCCCCGACUUCCAGAAGGGUCUGAAAUACGGAGUUAUCCUGUGCACACUCAUGAAUAAGCUGCAGCCAGGCUCUGUCCCCAAGAUCAACCGCUCCAUGCAGAACUGGCACCAGCUGGAAAACCUGUCCACCUUCAUCAAGGCCAUGGUCAGCUACGGCAUGAACCCUGUGGACCUGUUCGAGGCCAACGACCUGUUUGAGAGCGGGAACAUGACGCAGGUGCAGGUGUCUCUUCUCGCCCUGGCCGGGAAGGCCAAGACAAAGGGGCUGCGGAGUGGCGUGGACAUUGGCGUCAAAUACUCAGAAAAGCAGGAACGCAACUUCGAUGACGCCACCAUGAAGGCGGGCCAGUGUGUCAUUGGGCUCCAGAUGGGCACCAACAAAUGUGCCAGUCAGUUGGGCAUGACGGCAUACGGCACAAGAAGGCAUCUGUACGACCCCAAGAACCAUAUCCUGCUCCCCAUGGACCACUCCACCAUCAGCCUCCAGAUGGGCACCAACAAGUGUGCUAGCCAGGUGGGCAUGACCGCUCCGGGGACCCGGCGGCACAUCUACGACACCAAGCUGGGGACCGACAAGUGUGAUAACUCUUCCAUGUCCCUGCAGAUGGGCUACACGCAGGGCGCCAACCAGAGCGGCCAGGUCUUUGGCUUGGGCCGGCAGAUCUAUGACCCCAAGUACUGCCCCCAGGGCCCCGUGGCCGAUGGGGCUUCAGCGGCUGCAGGCGACUGCCCGGGCCCCGGGGAGGCCCCAGAGUACACACCCUACCACCGGGAGGAGGCCGACUACUGAGGCACCAUGCAGGGUGUCUCCCCACAUUGCUCUGUGUGGUUUUGGGGUUCUUCUGUUUUCGUCUUGUUUGUGUCCUUGUCUGAGCGCUACCAGCUGAGGGCUUGUGGGGAAAGGGUGAAGCACAUGCAGAGCUGCACGGUGUGGGGGGCUCAUGUGGGCCGCAGGUUUCCCAGCAGGCUUUGGGCUGAGCUGCGGGGGGCUGGGGGAAGAAACCGGGGCAGGGAGGGGACCAGCCCUGAAUGGUUUCCGGUUGCCUCUCCUUCUCUUCCCUUUUCUCUGCUGAUCAGUUUGUGGUUUCUGUACCCACAGAAGUUUCAGGCAGUUUUAAUGAAAGAAGAAAUUUUUUUUUUUUUUGCAAGGCCGUGGUGGGGGGAUGGUGGAAGGGGAUGCUGGGAAGGAAGGAGGUCCCCUGGGAGAGGGCCAGGCCACAGUCCGAAAUAUUUGAGGUCUUGUGAGGAACUGGAUUGCUCUGGCCCUCUUGGACUCACCUGUGGCUCGCCCUGGGGGCUAGUGGAGAAACUGAGGCAGGACAACAGAGUUCUGAGUGGUUGAGGCAAAGCCACCCCCUCACCUUCCUGUACUUGUCCCCGUUCCUCCGCCAAAUACUGCACAGGGAUCCCCACCCGGAGGUCCUCCCCGGGGACUGGCCACCAUCCAGGAGCCCUGGGACCCAGAGAUAAUGUGAAAUGUUGACUGUGGACCAAAGGCAAUAAAAACCUCUUUUUAGGAAAAAAAAA